AGCCGGUUUGACUAUGUCUGUGGUAGCUGUGUGCACGCGGGGCUGGGUUGUGGAUGCACGCUCUCUCAUUGAUCGGGGCUAUUCACGUUGCAUCCGACUGACAGAUACGAAUCACAAGACACACGUGAAGUGUCGUUUUAAAAGGCAGUGUUUUCAGAUUUUAACAAGCCACUACAGUGAGAGAGCCAGUGUUGCUGUGGAUGGAGGAAACACCGACACGCUGCAGAGAGCAGACAGACCAUCAAAGAAGAGGAAACGAAAACACAGUGAACUCAACCAGGGGGAAGUUGACUCACAGGCCUUCCAUGAGAAGAUCAGGUCUGUCAUCCUGGAGGGAACCAAGUCUUUGGUGGAUUCCGCCCAAUCCCUCGGAUACCUGAAAGGAGCUUCAGACACAGUGAAAGAGCCUCUUCCCUCUCAGGAGUGCAGCCUUGCCGCUCUCUGUGAAAUGGCGAAAGAGCUCCCUCUAGUGGCCGAUGAGGAGCAGGAGUGUGUUCAGCCACUUGUUGCUGAGGAUGGCCGAACGUCUCAUGUGGACUUGUUCUCUCGGGUUACAGAGAACAAGGCGGACUGGGCUGCAGUGGUCACUCUGAUGGGAGAGGAAUAUGUAGUACCCCCACACACAGCCUUCCUCCUCUCUGAUUUCACAAGAACACAACCCCUUGUCCACUGUGGAAGAAGGUAUGACUUAAUAGUUAUGGAUCCACCGUGGGAAAACAAGUCUGUGAAAAGGAGUCGCAGGUACAGUUCUUUGCCCUCAUCCCAGCUGAAACAGCUUCCUAUUCCUCAACUGGCCUCCCCGAACUGUUUAGUGGUCACCUGGGUCACAAACCGGCCCAGCCACCUCCGUUACGUCCGGGAUGAGCUGUAUCCUCACUGGGGGGUGGAAGUUGUGGCCGAAUGGUUCUGGGUCAAGGUGACCACAUCUGCAGAGUUUGUGUUUCCUCUGGAUUCACAUCACAAGAAGCCUUAUGAGGUGCUGGUGCUGGGCCGAUAUCGUUCCUCUGCAGAUAACUCCACAUGCCCUCCAGAGACAACAGAAGUUCCUGUGGAGGAUCAGUGUUUGAUUGUCAGCGUCCCGUCAGCUCUCCACUCCCAGAAGCCCUCACUCUCAGAGGUGUUGAAGCCCUUCAUCGGAGCAGAAGCCAACUGCUUGGAGCUGUUUGCCCGAAGUCUUCAGCCUGGAUGGACCAGCUGGGGCAACGAAGUGCUCAAAUUUCAGCACACGAGCUAUUUCACUUUGACGCCUGCAGAAGAUGGAGCAGACGUCCCUAAAGACGAGAGCGCAGACGACCGCACAGACAAACCCACAGUGGCACCAGUGUGUAGCUCACCUAAAGAAUCGUCUCCUCCCCAUCACUGUCCCACCACUGCGGACUAAUGACUGACCUUUGAGCCACAUAGGUAUUUCACUGUGCUUUCAAUAAAGAUUCAACGCCAGAAUACUUCUAUACCAGUUCCUUUUGAUCUGUACUUCUCAUGUAUGUGGAACCUUUGAUUUCUCUUUGGGGGGUCUACGUACAUUUUUAAGUGAAUCACAGGGCUGAUGAUGCAUGUAGAGAGAUGAAAGUGCAUUUUUGUGCAGCUAUGUUUUUAACUUGCAACAUUUAGAUAAACACUAGAGUUGUUUUUUUUUUGCUUUUGAGUAAUCUUUGGCACAAUAUGUGUCUUAAGGAUGAUCAAAGCAUUUCUAUUUUUACUCAUUUCAUGUUGUUUUGAACUGAAUUUCAAAAUGUUUCCCACUUCUAAUGAAAGAAACCGUUUCAUAUUGAAUGAAUUUGCUUGCAGCCGUCCUUUAACAGAACUUUUCUGUUAAGUUUUUGAACAACACACUGCUGUAUACUGUCAAGGACGCCCUGGUCUGCGCUUGCAUAAUAUGUGCGUUAGUGUUCCUUGUUUCCACUGAAAGACGCACCCUUCCCUGUGUCACACUCCUAACCGACAGCACAGCCAUUAACCUACCUUUUCCUAUCGGGCAGGGCCGCUCUAAUGAGUCUGUGGUCUCCAGAGAGAGGAGAGCUGGCAUGGUGGUGUUGUGUGGACGAGCAGGGCUGUCUUUAAAGCAGAGGAGAAUGAGUUACGGCUACUGCAGCACAGAACACGUAACAGCUAAUGAAGCCGGAAUGUGACUGCAGCAGGAUCAUUUACACAUUAGCUUGUCAUGCUCUCUGUCUCUCUCUCUCUCUCACACACACACACACACACACACACACACACACACACACACACACACACCAAUACACCAGUCUAUACAUCUAUUUAUCCUGAUCUGCAUUUUUAUUUGUGGGGGAAAUGUGUCCAGAUAAAGACAAGCUAUUAAGCCAUGUUUAAUGUGUGUUUAAUGUGUGUUUUGAAUCAGCUAAACUUUACAGCACUUCACAGAACCCUCCACCACCUACUAGUGGUUUUGAGGUGUAACUGCAGAGUAAUACAGACACCACCGCACAAGUAUAAAUGCUCACAACGGCAUAGGUCACAUGUGUAGGCUAUGGCGUAGGCUCUGCAUAGAGCUGAGGCACAAGUAUGAGUCCAGCUUAAAAUAUAGCAAGGCUAAAAUGUAAUGUACUAACAUGUAACACAUUCUCACUCCGACCUCGUCAUAUAUUGACGUUUUGAUCGCAGACUUUCCAUGUCCACAUACGAUGUGCAAGGUACCCUGGGUGCGUUGGUUGGUGAUGUUCUGGGACGCCGUGUCAAGUUCUCUUCUUUCAAGAUACAUUUUUGGUUUUCACAAGAAAUUUAAUGUUUACAUACAGUCUCUUUCAGAAUAAACACACAACAUUGGUACAACACCGCAAAUUGACAUUUUUUUUUCCUUCAACAACUAACACACAUGGUUAGGUUUAGGCAACAAAAGCAUGUUUUUAGGUUUAGGAAAAAGGAACAGGGUUUAGCUUUAGGAUCUUACGGGACACAAACACCGCUCUCUCGGGUGAAAGUUGUGUUUUUUUGGAUCCAUCCACCACCACUCCCCUCCCCCGCCCUACUCAGACUUUCGCUACCUUAACUUUCGUUCUAGCCCCGCCAUGUUUCCCCCUGAUGCCGCUGGGCGCCGAGAAACUAUAACAGCAACUGUCUGCCUAUCAUGCUGACCUUAAAGGAUGCCUUUAUUCGUUGGCUUCUGGCGCUACAAGUCACUACCCAAGCGCCAGAUUUCGAAAACUUCGGAGUGAGGUCCUUAUCAGGGCCAGACAUUGAAAACUAGUGGAUAAGGGUAGGAUGUCGGGUACAAUCUGCCAGAUUGCUUCAUACAAAUUAAAGUAUGAAAUCUUGGGGUAUGUGGGGUAAAUGUGUUCAACAAAUAGUGACGUAAAUAACUUAACUGACUUGUGUACUGAUAUACAUGCUGUGGUUUGUUAUCUAAGCAAUUCACCCCAUACAGUCGCUGUGUUGUCAUUCUGUACAAUGCAGGACAUAUCCUUCUUUCACCCUUUCAAAGCCUCAACAUAAGGAGGUGCAAAAUACACAUACAACUGGUCAAAGGUUAAUACUAACAAGUGAGAAACAACAUAACAGGUAAGAGUCAAAUGUCAUGAUGAAAUGUCUUUUGUGUGGAGGAGGUGGGGAUGUACUCUACAGUGCCAACCAGGUCGCUAUGGAUUUCUGGUUAUUGUCUGUGUUCCCACGGAAACCGAAGAAAAAUCAAAUAAUUCUCGUCACUUAUCCUUGAAAUUCUCUCAGAAAGAGUUCCUUUAUGAAGUGUGCUAUAUAUCAACUGAAGAGGCAAAUGACGCACACAAAGUUACGUGCAUGAUGCAUUUUAUUUCCAGUGAAUUUUCAAUGACGUUUUUUUCUCUUUCUGCUCUUUCAAAGCUUAUUUAUCAUUUGUCCAGCUCAUUGUUCAACUAUUGUUACACCUCUGCUAAGAUUAGAGACUUAGUUCUGAUAGUGUUCAUAUAAAGAAGUCUGAAUGGGUGUUUUAAUUCUUCAUUAGUAUUUCUGAGACAUUCAUUGAGACAAAGUACAAAAAGAUGGAAUUAGAUCAUAACAGAGCCUACCUGAACUCUACCCAAUCACACCACCACUGUCCCAAAUAUCUGUCAUUUUCUUCCCCCUUCUCAUUACUCUUUGUUCUUUGAACAAUAGCCAUCAUCUCUGACGACGCAAUCAGUCCCUAAAAGCCUACAACGUACUGCCGAGUGAUGUCACUGUGAUCAUCAUCUCUCUUCCAGGCGCCAGCGGAUGGAGAGUGUCCUGUCAAACUCAAGAUGAAGCACCGCAGUAAAGACCUAGUCAUCCCCUCCUCCUCCAGCCCCCCCUUCCUCCUCUGCUAAAUGAGGUUGUACACCAAGAGCAGGAGCUUCACCUCAAAUUGCCAGAUGUCAGUCAGCUGAGCGCUGAUUGCUGCUGGCUUUGUGGGGAGAAGAUGGAGGACAAGGAGUGUUGAUACGCCAGAUUUCCUUCAACAGUUUCCCCUAAUGUGCAGUAGGAUUUUUCCCAGCCUCAAAUGAUGACCACCAAGAACAUUAUAAAGUCAACCUCAUUGAUCUUACUGGCAGAUGGCCUGUAAUUGGCACAACCAAUGAAACCAAUUAUAAGUAGUGGAUAAAUAAUAUAUAAAUCUGACUGGGUUGAGAGAUGACUAAUGGGAAAAGAAGACUCAAAAUUCUGCUACACAAAUUUGUACUCAGGACUUUAUUUAAAUAACAG